AUGCCAGACGAAGCUAUUCCAGAAGCUGCCGAAAAGGAGGCUACCGAGCGAGACACACGCAUUACCUUUCACAAUGCAGACCAUCCCCGUCUUGCUCGCGGUCGGUCCGAGGCCCGCGGCCGCGACGAACCCUCGCGCUCGCGCUCCCGUGGCGGCAGACGCUCCCUGAGCCGCGGCUCCAGCAUUUCCCGUGCCGACCUGCCAUCCUCCCCAUAUACCGGCAUACAGAUUGAAUAUCGUACGCUGUCCAUCAACGUGGCCGAGUCGCGCGCCGUCGACACGGAGGAGUCGUCGGCCGACAUCAAAGCGGCGGCGUUGGGCCUCAAAAAAGAAAAGGCCGACGAGGACUACUUUGCCAACCUCAACUAUCAUGAGCUCUCGACGGAUCUGAUUGCGCAGCAGCUCAAUGUCUCGCGCACUGAUGGCUUGUCGGACAGCAUGGUAGCGAACCGGCAGCAGCGCGACGGCCGCAACACGCUGCCCAAGCCAAAGACGAAUUACUGGAAAAAGGUGCUCGGGUACGUGUUUGGCGGCUUCUGCUCAGUGCUCUGGGUCGGCGUCGUCAUCUUCUUCAUCUGUUGGAAGCCGCUCAGCAACCCGCCGUCGCCCGUCAACUUGGCCCUCGCCAUCCUCGUCAUCAUUGUCAUCACUCUCCAGGCGGGCUUCUCCGCAUUCCAGGACUGGUCGACGCAGCGCACCAUGAAGUCCAUCACCGACCUCUUGCCGUCCGAGGCCCUGGUGGUGCGCAACGGAGAAACAGUCAAGAUAGCGGCGGCGGAGCUCGUCGCCGGCGACAUUGUGCACCUCUCUAUUGGAAACAAGGUCCCUGCUGACUUGCGCAUCCUGAGCCACUCGGGCGACAUUCGGUUCGAUCGCUCCGUGCUGACAGGUGAGUCGGACGAGAUUGAGGGCGCCGUCGACAUGACGGACCAAUCCUUUCUCGAGAGCAGAAACAUUGCCUUUAUGGGUACGCUGGUGGUCAACGGUAGCGGCGUCGGUAUCGUCGUCCUCACUGGCUCGCGCUCCGUCAUGGGCCGCAUUGCCAAAGCGACUGCUUCUACCGAAGAGCGUCCUACUCUUAUCCAGAGAGAAAUCUGGCGCUUCGUCCGCAUUAUUGUCUGCCUCACUGUCGUCUUGGCUCUUCUCAUCCUCUUCACUUGGGUCGGCUGGCUUCGACGCGACCACCCUGCAUACAUGAAUGUCGUUGCUAUGCUCAACAACGUCAUGGGCUGUGUCGUCGCCUUUAUUCCCGAGGGUAUGCCCGUGGGUGUUGCUCUGACGCUCAUGAUGGUUGCCCGUCGCAUGAAGACUGUCCAUGUCCUGCCCAAGGGUCUGUCCACAGUUGAGACUCUUGGCUGCGUCAAUGUCAUUUGUUCCGACAAGACUGGUACUUUGACGCAAAACGAAAUGCACGUCAACUCGUCUGCCUUUGUCGACCAGCCCAUCCCUGUCAAUGAGAUUCAGACCAAUGUCGACAGCCAAAAGCCUGAUGUCUGUAACCUCAGACUCAUGCAAGCUGCUCUUCUUUGCAACGAUGCCACUUUUGAUCCCUCCACCAUUGCCCUUCCAGUCGCUGCUCGCCAAGUCCAAGGCAACGCUACGGACGCUGCCGUCCUCAAGUUUGCUGCCUCUACUCAGCAGAGCGAGCAAGAAGCCGCCAAGCUGCCUCGGGUUUUCCAGAUCCCAUUCAACUCCAAGAACAAGUACAUGCUUACGGUGCACUCCAACACCGAUGAAAAAGAACCCAAGCAGUACCGUGUCUUUGUCAAGGGUGCUCCGGACGUGCUUCUUCCCGCCUGCACCUCUUACUGGUCGCGCAAGGCCGACACCAUUCUACCCCUCGACGCCGCUGCCAAGGUUGCCUUCAAAGAGUACCAAGACAGGCUGUCGAGAAACGCCGAGCGCGUCAUUGUUCUCUGCGAAAAGAGUGUCACUCCUGUCAACGCCGUCAACACCAACGCAUUUAGCGACGAGAUUGCCGCCGGUGCCAUGAGCAGCCUCACCGUGAUUGGUAUCCUCGGCAUCAUUGACCCUCCCCGGCCCGAGACUGCCAAUACCGUCCGGGAAUGCCGCCGGGCCGGCGCGCGCUUCUUCAUGGUCACUGGCGACUAUGGCCUGACGGCGGCAGCGAUUGCGCGCAACACUGGCAUCUUUACCGGCGAGCGCGAUCCGGAUACCAUUGAAAGAAUCCAGUCCAAGCUCGGCCUCUCUAGCCAUGAACUGCGCGUGGCCCGUGAGAAUGGCGAGGUUCGCAGCCUACUCCUCGAGGGCCAGUCUCUCGGCGGCCUGUCGAAUGACGAUUGGGAAAUUGUCUGCGAGUAUGGCGAGAUUGUGUUUGCCCGUACGACGCCUGAGCAGAAGCUCCGCAUCGUGGAAGAGUUUCGCAAGCGGGACAAUGUCGUUGCGGUUACUGGUGAUGGUGUCAAUGACGCUCCUGCUCUUCGUGCCGCUGAUGUGGGUGUCGCCGUCGUGACUGGCAGCGAUGUUGCCAUCGAGGCCGCUGAUUUGGUCCUCCUCGACAAGUUUGAUUCCAUCAUUGAAGCCAUCCGCCUCGGUCGUUUGGUAUUUCAAAACUUGCAAAAGGUCAUUGCCUAUCUGCUACCCGCCGGCAGUUGGUCCGAGAUUUGGCCCGUGAUUCUCAACGUCUUUUUUGGCGUUCCUCUGCCUCUGAGUUCCUUUUUGAUGAUUAUCAUUUGCGUCUUUACCGACCUGUUCCUGUCUCUUUCGCUCAUUAUGGAAAAGGAAGAGUUUGAUCUGCUGUCGCUGCCUCCUCGCAACCACAAGCGCGACCACCUCAUCAACCUGCGCAUCUAUAUUCAGGCAUACCUCUUUACCGGCUUCAUGGAGACGACGAUUGCCCACUCCAUGUUUUUCUUCUACUACUGGAAGCAGGCGCGCAUUCCCGUGCGCGAAAUGUUUUUCCUCUUUGAAGGUUACUCGGCCGGCUUCCACGGCUUCUCACAAGAGGAGCUCGCCCAUUUGAACGCGGUCGGCCAGAGCAUCUACUUUGUCACGCUGGUUAUCCUGCAAUGGGGCAACAUUCUCUCGGUGCGCAACCGUCGGCUGAGCAUUGUGCAGGCCGAUCCCUUUACGGCCAAGCGUCGCAAUCCCUGGCUGAUUCUGAGCAUUCUCAUCUCGCUGGCCAUUGCCAUUUUCGUCACCGAGGUGCCGGGCAUCCAGUCGCUGUUUGGCACGGCUUCGGUGCCUAUUGAGUUUUGGCUGAUUCCUCUUCCGUUGGCGUUGGGUAUACUGGCCAUGGAUGAGGUUCGCAAGCUGCUUGUCCGCGUCUUUCCCAACGGACCUAUUGCCAAGAUUGCCUGGUAA